UAUAUUAUAUUAUUAUAGUAUCAGUUGUGAAUGUUUUGAACUGAGGAUCCAGUGAAAACUGAGAGUAAUGGAAGGAUGGGAUCCCCAAAAUCUAGUUCUACCGGAAGUUGGCAAGCUACGAAGAUCACAGUCAGAGUAUCUGGACCAACAUUUCAAGACCCAGAAAGAUGUUUCUUCAUCUUCUACUUCUUGUUCUUGUCUGUUGUCGGAAUGGACCAAACAUUGUUCUGAUUGCGACAAUCGUCUGCUACACCUCCGAACCACCCUCAUGGAGCUCACCCUUUCGUGGAUCUCUCCUUCUUUUCGAGCCAAAGCUUCCCUCGCAAAUCUCAAGCUCACCCUCAACGCUUCCUGUCCUUAUGGGACUGCUUUGCAGAGGCUUCUGGUUGAAGAGCUGCCCCGGCUUGCCCUUCAAUUGCACCGAAUUCACACCAUCCGCCAAUAUGUUGAAACCACUCUUAGGUUAGAAGCCUUGGUAGGAGAUCUUGAGGACGUUGUUUUCUCUUCGGGGAAUCACCUUACAGGGAAUAUGUUCACAAAGUUUUCAACUUCACUGACAUCACAAGAGCUUGUAGUAAAGGAAGAAAGAUCACAUCAAGCCAUAAAAGCCAUGAAUGAUAUUGAGGAGACAAUUGUCAAUGUUGAGAAAUCUAGAGGAUGGCACCACCUUUUAGUUUCAGUUGAUCACAGAGUGGAUAAAACUUUGGCUGUACUUCGACCAGAAGUUCUUGCACAACACCGUGCUCUUCUUGCUUCUUUAGGGUGGCCUCCUAAACAUCUAACAUCAAAAGUUGAAAGUGGAGGGGUCCCCGAGUUCCCGAACCCACUACUUUUAAUGCAUGGAGAUGAAAAGAAGUCUUAUGCUCAAAGUUUUCACCUGCUUUGUGCUUUGCAGAAACUGCACACACGUAGAGAAGCUCGAAAGUUCAAAACGUUAGGUCAACAGGAGUGUGAGAUACGGCUUUGGGCUAUUGAUGAACUGGUGUCUCCUUUAGCUGAAAGAAUGGAAUAUCACUUCUUGAAAUGGACGGAGCAGCCUGAGUUUAUAUUUGCUCUUGUGUAUAGAGUAACCAGGAACUUUAUGGAAGGAGUAAGUGAUAUUUUGCAGCCUUUGAUUGAUGCAGCCAGAUUAACGAGCUAUAGUGCUAAUGAAGCUUGGGUUUCUGCAAUGGUGCGCAUCCUUUCUGGGUUCUUAACAAAAAAUGUUUUUCCUACCUUGGCUGAAAGAUACAAAGAGAAAGACAUGAAAUUAGAAGUUAUCUCAUUGUGGCUUAAUCUAGUUGAUCUAAUUGUUGGUUUCGAUAUACAGAUGCAAUCACUAUUGAGAUAUGAAACUUAUCUCUUAUUUCCUGAUACUCAAAGUUAUAGCAAGCAUUCAAGAGGGAUGUCAGUGUUAAUAGUAUUUUGUGAUAGACCAGAUUGGCUUAAGAUUUGGGCAAAGAUGGAGCUCAAGGAUGGCUGGAAGAAACUAAAAGCAGUACUGAAGGAUGCUAAAGCUUGGCAAAUUGAUGAUAAGCAUAGAGUUGACUUUGAUGUUAGUACAGCAUGUGAAGCAUUUUUGCUUUCUUCUAGAGAAGCCCAUAAAGCUCCACAUGUUGCGGAAUCUGCACUUAAAAUCGCACAAGAAAUGACCGACAGAUGCCAAACUUUGCCAGUUCUUUCGGCACGUUCCAAAUUUGUAAGAUCAACUGCAGCCAGUUUCUUCUGGUAUUUUUCUAAUGUACUACUGCUGCAUUGUAAAAAUGCUGAAUUGUCUCCCGAAAAUCUUGAUGGUAAUGCGUUGGUUAUAGCAUGUGAAUCCAUCAAUGCUGCUAGAUAUGUCGAGUCUAAACUGCAAGAAUGGAGCGAUGAUGCAAGUUUCUUGGAGAUGAAAAUUGCUGAAAACGAUUCUAACAUGCAUGAAAAAGACAAAUGUGUUACUGCUGAUUGCUUCUUUGGAGAGGAAAUAAAAUGCUUGGCUGAACUAGAGACCAACUGGCUUAUGGAAAUCGUUGCUGUUCUUCUUCGUCAGUUUGAGAAUCUAAUUUCGGAAUACAACCAUUGUGAGGACUAUAUCGAUGAAGACCAGAAUACAACACCAAACGGAGAAUCGGCUAUAUCCGCAAACGGAGAAUCGGCUAUAUCCGAUUCUCUUGUUGAAGCAUUGCAUGCUUUGAAGAAUCAUCUUCAUGUUCUUAUGAAGAAUCUUAAUCGAAAAGACUUCUUGGACUUGUGGCGAAGUGUGGCCGAGGGGCUGGACCAUUUUAUGUGCGGUAGCAUUUUGGCAAGUGAAGAUCGGUUUUCGAGGAAGCGAAGCAAUCGGGUUGCAGCUGAUAUGCAAGCAUUGUUCCUUGUGUUCCAACCAUUUUGUGCUCGUCCUCAAGCAUUUUUCCCUUGUAUUAGAGACAUCCUGAAGCUGUUAACAAUGAGCAGAGAAGAGGUAACGCGGUUGUUGGUAGGUUUAUCGAGUCAGAAAAGCGAAAAUUGUAUUCGAUUUUAUGGAAUUUCCCACUUACGUUUUGAUCAAGUUGAGAAAACUUUGAGUAAAAUGGAGUUUUGACUUUGCGAUGCUACGUGAAAUUCAUAGUCAAUAGAUCAUUUUUCUGUUCUUUCCA